AUGUUCACACUUGACCGGCAAGCAACCUCACACAACCAUGUUGUGGGGGACGUGUUAAAUUUUGAGUUCCAUGUACGUGUGACACUCGUCGCCGUCAGGAAGAAACUGGGUUACGAUCGAUGCUGCAAAGCUUGCGGUUGCACGGUAUCGUCAGCUUGAGGAGCAGAUUGUGAAGAGUGUUUGCAGUGAUGGCGAUGGCGCUGCGGUGGCGAGGAUGCGCGCGUCUCUGGCAUCGCGGUGUCUACAGAGGUCUCCAUUUGGGUCCUCUGGAACAGCCGGAAUCCCCACAACCGAGUCCUGAUUCCAAAUUCACCAAUUUCGGGUUUAGGGAAGUACCUGAGCAAGAGAAAUCGAAGCUGGUUGGGGAGGUAUUUUCGAACGUGGCUUCAAACUAUGACCUCAUGAAUGAUCUUAUGAGUGGAGGCUUGCACCGCCUCUGGAAAGACAGACUGGUGUCUCAGUUAGCUCCGUUUCCUGGCAUGCAGCAUUUGGAUGUGGCUGGGGGUACAGUGCGCAUGCUCGAUAUGAAAGCUGUCAUGACGAUAAAACUGGGAUCCUGGUGUGUAGGCGAUGUUGCGUUCCGUGUUGUUAAUGCAAUUCAGAAGGCCGAGCAACGUGUUCCUGGCAAUACACUAGGUAGUGUUGAUGAAGAGGAUCGGACAAAAGUUUAUGUGUGUGAUAUCAAUCCUAACAUGCUCGAGGUUGGGAAAAAACGAGCCAAAGAGAGGGGACUGGGAAAUGCUGCAUGCUUAGUCUGGAUGCAAGGAGAUGCUGAAGCACUUACAUUGAACGACGAAAGCAUGGAUGGCUACACCAUCGCCUUUGGCAUUCGGAAUGUAACACAUAUUGAUCGUGCUUUGAAAGAAGCCUACAGAGUAUUGAGACGAGGUGGACGAUUUCUGUGCCUUGAACUGAGCCAUGUAUCUACACCUGGAUUUAGAGAAGUGUACGAUGCCUAUUCUUUUAAUGUCAUUCCUAGGAUAGGUGAGGUGGUGUCAGGUGAUCGAGCAUCGUAUCAAUAUCUGGUGGAGAGUGUUCGCAAGUUUCCAAACCAAGAAAAAUUUGCAUCUAUGAUUGCUGAUGCAGGUUUCAAAGAUGUGCAAUAUGAGAAUUUGGUGGGUGGAGUAGUCGCUAUACAUUCUGGUUUUAAAUUGUAGGCCUACAAUCGCAUCUUAUUUGAAGUUGAAAUUGUGUAGCGUUUAGAUCCUGGUUGUUAAACUCAUUCUGCUGGAGGAAAACGAAGCUGGAGAAGUUGUGUGGAUGAGUAUUUUUUUUUUGUAUGAAACUCUGCCGCCUUCCGUUGUGUAAAGAGAACACGCGGUGUUGUGACUUGAUGUAGUAAUCACAUCUUCCAUUUGGCUAUACAACACCUAUCCUUCAUGUCUUAAAUUUU